GCAGACGUAUGUCCCUGCACUGCACGCAGCCAAAGUCCGAACUCGUGACUGGAUAGCUUCUGCCCACACUUCUGUACAACAGAAAUAUCCUUUAGUUACUCAGUGAGCGUUUAAAUGGAGACACAUCUGCUUAAAUUUGCACUCCAUGUUCCUCCAAAAGGUCCACAGGCUUGUCCGUGGACCUUUAAGGGAACAUGGAGUUUUAAGGGAACAAUGCCGUCUUUGUCCCUCGAUAAGAACGGAUUUGUGCUCAUUUGUGACCUCACGGUAGGAUGUAUAGCAUGUGCCUGCAGUGUGAAACACUUGGUGAGGUUGAUGCAAAACCUCCAAGGGGAAUUUAAGAGAGGAUUGUUGUCUACCGGACAAAUGUUUACAACAUGUUUUACCACUACACAGUUAAGACAACAUACAUGUUUCACGACGUGUAUGUUGUUGCUGCCCCCCCCCCCCCCUCCCCUCUAUACUUUCAUGAUUACGUGCAUAACACACAACAACAAUGUUUCGCCGGGAUACCUUUUGAAUUAGGGCCCAGCAUGUUUCUCCACAGCAUCUGUUGCACAUGCGCUUUCUCGGGAAACCCCUUUCCACCUCUACGCCUGUCUGCCUUCCUCUCGCCUGAUGGAUUUAGCACAAUGCGCCCGCCAAAAACACCAUCAAGCUGUCCGUGCUCAGCACUGUGAGUGUUGGAGGGUCAUAUUCACACAAACUCAUCCAAUCAGCACAUUUCCUCAAGUUUGUUUUCUUUUACUAACAUAUUCACCUGUUUGUUCCAGAUAUUAUGGCAUUGUUUUAUGCAACGUAUGCAGAAACAAAACCUCUGGCGAGUUGGGCAACACACACACACACACACACACACACACACCCGACACACAUUUACCGGUGGAAGAGGACUUCCUCAUAUUGUCUGGCAUGUUGAUGUAGGAAAUCACUUUGAUUGAUACCGCCCCUCUCCUCCCCGGCAACCCGCAGCUCACACUGAAUUAGACGUUGAAGGGGCGUCUUUGCAACUUUUGAAUGGGAGUGUGUGUUUCUGCCAGUUGUUGGCUCUCAGUCCUCUAAGAUUUCUUUGCUCCCUGAGACAAGCAACCUCCAUUCAAAUCUCUUUUCAACACAUGAUGUAAAAUGCUGCCUUUGUGUGUCUUCGCAUGGGUAUGAUCAAAGAUGACAAACUGGGGGCUGUUUCAGAUGUUGGUUCAGCAGCCACCCAUCUUCUUUCUUUCCACAUUUGCGCUGUGUCGUAUUUAUCGUCUCCUAUUUUACGUUGGCACACACAGUUUGCAACAUGCAUUUCCUUAAGAGAAGAUGCCAGUGCUGUUGUUGUGUACCUUUUUACAAGCAUUGCUUGCUUGCUGACAUGGGGGACGCACUCUGCAGGUGCUCUUCCACUUUCUCCAGAUCUAUAUGUAAGAGUUGUUGGGGAUUUCUAAUUAAACACAAACCGAGACAACCCCUCCGUCCCAGUUGCAGCACUUCUCUCUUGCUCUUUGCACCGACGCAGUUCCACACGUUACUCUCAUCUCCUUCCUGUUUGUUUUUUUUCUGAGAUUUCUUUAGCGAGUCUGAGCGGAAACGAGUGCUCCUGUUUUCGGUUUUCGGCCCACGAUGCAAUGUGACGGCCGCCGCGCACAGGGAAAGUGUCUGUGCACAGAUAUGUCUCACAGGAGAAACUGAAUCAUAUCACAUCAACGCUGAACAGUCAACAGCCGUAAGGGAAGUUGCCUUAACUGGCAUGUGGCUUUGAUAUCGGUAAACAAUUUCACCUUGUGGUCUAUUUAUUAGCACCUUUACUGUCCAUGACAGGAUGUGAUGGCAAAAGAAACGCUGUGUGCCUUUUAAGUCAGUGGUAUUUCCCUACCUGACCCACUUUGUUCAAAUGAUGGCAGAGGAUUUUGCUGCCGUAAAGUCCAGAGUUGAGGUCCGAGACGACAAGAAAGGUCAAAGGGUCGACUGCAACAGCAUUUGUAACCUAUAAUCGUUUGAUAUAUUAUCCCUGCUUUGUGUUAGUGUACCGUCAAUAGCCUCACACACACACACACACACACACACACACACACACACACACACUGUUUAGUGAAUUAGUUUGUGUUACUUAAAACCAGAAUUUCCUCUCAUUUUUUUGCUGAUGUUUCUUAGAACAGUGUAGUCUUGCUGAUUGUGUUUUUGUUCUGAGCUGGUUGUUUGUAAAGGGUGUGGAUGUUGUGGUGCAUCUAUAAUUAAGCCGCGAUAAACUCUACAUCUCUCUCUGUAUCUGCUGAUCUAAAUAUAGAGCGUCUUCGGCCCACUCAUUCCGACAAAGAGGAAAUGCUGCGCGUGUGUGUGUGUGUAAACUUCUGCACUGCAUUCAUAGUUCCCAUCAGAAAGGUGCGUGCACCCAAUGCCUUUUGCAUGCGCGCGUGUGUGAGGGCCAAAAAAGGCUUUUCUUUGUGCAUGUGAAUUAUAUCAAGACACUGCGGGAUGUUUGUGUUCCUGUCUCCGUUGUGUUUGUGAACAAAGAGGGUAGAGAAGAGAACUUCUGAUACUCCGAACAGGGGACACAAGACAAAAACAGAGGUGUGGGGGGCGUAUCUGUAUGGAAGGGGGGGGACAAGAGAGUGAAUACACUGGAGGCAACCGGAAACUUGUGGUCAAACAAGCAGCGUUCGGCUGCUGAGACAGCGCUGCUAGCCGAUCGUUUUUUCAAAGCACAGCUUUUCUUUGAGAGGGAUCGGGGCUGAUCCGUCACACCAAAUCCUUUCAUUGUACAGAUGCAGCUUGUGGAAUGACCCCCGCGCUCUGUGUGUGUGUGUGUGUGUGUGUGUGUAUGUGUCUGUCAACUGGAAAAAGAGAGAAAGAAAAAAGUUGUGAGUCAGAAGUUAAAAUCCAAAUGCAUCCAGCCAACCAAACAAGACUCAAACCGGUUAUAACUCUUUGACACCCGUGUGUACGACUCCACCUCCCCUCCCAUCCCUUCACCCCCUCUUCUCCCCACUGACCAAUCACUCUCUAUCUCCCGCCCCCCCCAUGUAACUGUGUGUUGUCACGCGUGUUAGUUUCAGUACAGAGAGUGUGGACGACAGACCUGCGGGACACAAUAAUCGACCCACAAUGCAUGUGAGACAUGACCAACAAGAUCCCGUGGAAUAACGCAAGCAGUACCUGCAGCAUGGAGCCUACAGCCGGCUGCUCCCCUACAUUUUCAGAGUCAGAUCUCUAUCGCAGCGUCAUGGCUGUGCUGCCCCGGGGAACGGACCACCAGCAUCCCCAAGACUGUCUCAACAAAGGCAUGCUGAGGUGGACGCUUCAUAAGAAGGUGCAAAGCAAUCCUGUGAACAGCUCAUCUCUAGUGUGGGUGCUGAUUAAAGAGCUGGAAAAGGCUGAGCGAUGGGACUCUCGCAAAAGCAUCAUCCCUCUGCUCCACACACUGAUGUAUGCCAUCAUUCAGACAGCCUACAUUCCAGAUGAGCUGUACAAGCGGGUUUACAGCUUUUGCAAGAGACUCCUGACUUACCCCCAACCGUACUGCACCGUGGGGCUCAGCUACACGAGACAGAUCAAAACCGAACGCUCCACUCCAGGUCUGAUGUACCAGCGGAUGGUCACAGCCGAGCAGAGACUAAAAAAUGAACACUACCCGCUUCAGGAGAGGGUCUUCAUCCUGGCCGAUCCUGAAGUCUUCUCAAGCUCUUUGGAACAAGUUGUGUCCGGCGACAUUGAGGCGUCCUCUUUGUUUGCCGGCGGAUCUCUGAGUCCUUUGCAUCACAUGUGCAGCGUGGUCCAACACUCCAUACAGGCUGCUCUAGGAGCCGAGCAGUGCAACGGGCCCAAACUUGCUCGAGCCCUGAAGGACGUGGGUCAAGAUGUGGAGUCACACUUCCAGGAAGUGUUGGCGGCUCUGCAGCAGAGCGCGGAGGAGGGCGGCCGGGGGGACGGCGCAGCGCUGAGGAGCCGUCUCCAGCGGCUGUACAGCAGGAUCGUCCCCGACGCAGACUCAGAGCCAUUGUCCUGUGGACGACUGUGCAACAGCCCUCUUCCAAACCCAGAGAUGAGCUUCCACAUGUGGACGGAGCAUCUGGAUAUCUGGCGCGUGCUGGCCAAGUGGUUUCGAUCCAGCUCCGUGUCGGAGCAGUUCCCCCUCAGCCAGGAGCAGGAUGACUUGGUGCUGGGUGACUCGCCCAGCGACCUGAUGCCGUCCGACAUGACUCGCUUCUCCGUCAUGUCCAUCGACAGCGGCAUCGAAGGAGACCUGCCCCCCGGCGCCGAUCCCUCCCUAUCCUCAUCUCUGGACUGUGCCGGCCUGAGCGCAUUAUGGGAACAAUGCAAGAUUGAGCCAGAGCCGGGGAGGCUGUCCCGGCGUAGAUGCAUCAAGAUGAAGCCAUCGGUGAAGGAGAGCAUGGUGCUGAUGCAGGACACCCUGCAGGAGAACGCCGGCCUCGGCGGCGUGGAAGGCGGCGGAGGCGGUGGAGGGAGGACAGGAAGACGAGGGGCGACUCUUCAGAGGCGCGCAGGGAGCAGCGCGACGCAGAACCCCUUCCUCAAGCAGCAGAGGCUCUUUACUGCCAGGAUAGUCGCCAUGGGAGACGACAGGGUGCUGGGUCGCCUGGCCAAGGUCUACUACCUCUUCAGGAAAAGGGAAGCGCGUAGGCUUUUUCUUACCAUGAAAGUCAACCUCCAGUUUUACUACAUCCCUGUUUGCUGCGCAACAACUCCCGUCUCCUCCACGAAGGAAGACCUCCAUCAAUCCAAAGAAAACCUCUGCACUCUUGGUUCCUACUUGAGCACGGUGGACCCGUGGUACAACUCUAACAUCAAGAGUUUAGGCUGCAUGAUCCCUGAGCUGGCGAAAAUGCAACAGAUGAAUCCUGGGAAGCCAAAAGAGCCCUUUGUGUCUGAUGUCAUCUCCUACUACGUUCGAACCGGCCAGCAGCCGGUCUAUUUCACCAUCUACUUUGUUAAGAUCACGUUCAACGCCAUGUCGAAGGACCCCGUGGAAGACGUGUUUCUCACCCACCUAGGAAUGGAGUUCCCUGAGUUCAGACAGAUAUCACAGUCCAUUAAAGCGGAUAAACACAAGAGGGGCUCGGGGGAGAUCUGCGGGGCUGUUAUCUCCUUGAAUUACAGAAAGGUUACGCUGAGUGGGCGAGACGUUGACAAAGGAAUGUCCGUCAGGACGUCGGGCGCUCAGAUCACUGCGAUUACCUGCAACGAGGCCGAAGAUCUGAACUGUUUGACAAUGACACUGAAUGAAUCUCCUACGAAAAGCAAAAACAACGUUCUGGAGUCAACGUUUCGGGCCAGCAACAUUAAGAUUCGCACUUUGGAGAACCGGCCUUUAACUGUUACUCUGGACAGAGACCGCCGGAGGACCUACACAGAUGUGCAGAGCCUCGAGAUCUCCCCGUGUCUUGAUCCCGGCUACUGCGUCCAGAAAAUCAUUCGGUCCAAGUACGAGUUGGGAGAGUGCAAAGAGGCGGGACUGAGCAAAUACAUGAACAAAGGACUCCCUCUACCCAUCAACACAUUUGCCGGCAUCAUCACUUGACGCGGUGGAGGAAACCCACAGAGAAACUUGAGAAUUAACGCCAUGGGCGUAAAUCCAGUCGGACACAUGAAAAGACAAAAGGCUCACACACAAGGUGUUUCAGUCUGUUUGAUGCCAUGAAAAAAGCAGUGCCAUGAAAACACAGUACUGUUAGGAUUGGAGUACGUUGUGUUACACCGCUGGGUCAUUGUUGAUAUCCAGUGAUUUUACUACUGUACAUAGUUUUAGUAAAUCCAAGCAGAUUGGAUGGCCAAAGAACAAUACUGCCCAGCCGCGGAAUAUAAGCAUCGAGAAUAGAAGAUCUAAAAGAUUUUAGAACUACCAGCAGGCUAAAAACCCUGCAGAACGGAGGUAGCUUUUGUAUUUUACUGUAUUAGGCAGACAUAUGCACGGAUUGAUGAGCAUAAAGUAGCUUGUGGGACUUGCUGCUGUCUACUGGCCACAAGGAUCAGCCUGAGACCUCUGAUGGAGGUCAGAGGUCUGACAAUCACCUCCGACCUCCAUGCCCUCACUGCCCGUUUGUGCAAUUAUGCAUAAAUGUCUUGAACUGAAUGUAUUUGCACUAAUACUGAAAGUUUUGUAUUAUUAUUUGUAAAGGACCUUUGUGUUAGGCAUGUAAUAUGGCUACGUGCAUUAUUACGUUGUUACUAAAACAACGCAAAUUUAAAAAACUGGAUGGUUUUAUCACAGAUGUAUUAGAAUACAGACCCAGGAAUGUCUCUGGAGACUAUUUUCGAUGCCCCCAGUAAAGGUCAACCACCUCAUCAACUAGAUGUGAUGUAUUAUUGAGUGCACGACAUAAACACAGGUGUGUGUCUGUAUGCGUGUGUGCGUAUCGCUCUCUGCUGGCCUGGCUGGUUAAAAAUCAGGAGUUUGACAUUAAUGAUACAUUUUGCACCUUAUUUUUAAUCUUGCUAUCUAAUGACGCCAUUAAAAUCAAAUUGCCGUUGUGUGAAUAUGUGGUUGUCCUGUAAAGCAGAGUUUGUGUCUUUAUAAUAAACCACGUUUUUUCAA